UAACAAUUUUGAAUAUAUUGAUGGAUAGGAGUUGUUUUUUAUUGGGAUAUAUUUACAUAUACAUGUAUAACACAAACCCGAUUAUACAUUUUAAGAUUUUGUGAAACUAAUUGUAAUACAUUGGUUUAUUCUCCGUUCCUUAUUUUUAGAGCUUCCACAAUUGAGAAGUGUGACGUCCAUGGAGCUGGGUUGUGAUGCCCGUGGCUAUUCUCGCGCUAGAAAUGAAACGGCAAUUUGGUACUGUGUUAUUCUAGCAGGAAGAUCAAGCCCAGAACUCAACAAAAUGUGUGCAACUCUGCGCAGGAUCCAAGAAGCACUGUCCACAGUUGAUAACGAUCAACCGUCGUCGCUAGCGGCUGUUGCACUGAAGGAAAAGUGGUUGACAUUUACCUGGCUUGAUGGGGAAGCCCAACAACGAUAUUGUUUUUUCCACACUCAAACAGAGAAUAGCUAUGAAACAUGUGAACCUAGGAGGGAUAUAACAGAUAUACCACAGCUAAUUAUUGUAUGUUACAAAAGGAAUGCCACAGAAGAUAGUAUUAAAAUUGUGGAAAAAAGGCCAAAAAACAUGUUGGAGGCAUUUCUGAAUGACGAUGUGGAUCUUGCAUCACAACUUGUUGCGAGGUACAAUAGUUCUGAAGAAAGUUCAGAGGUGUGGCCUUUUAUCUGUUGUGAGAUGGAUUUUACUACACGGUUUAAUUAUUGAGAUAUAUUUCACUCUGUAUUGAGCAAUUAACGCAAAUGCAAGAUUCUUUGUGAUUUAGUGUACCUUUUCACGUUGAGUUGUUUCUAUUUAUUUGGUUGGCAGAUCAUCAAGUGGAUCUCUCAAACAAUCGAAGAUGGUGACU